AGCGGGUGGAGGUGGAAGAUUCGGAGAGCUCGAAGAUUCCGCAAACGUCAGAUGAGCACAGGCAACGAAGAAACUCCAAACGGGAUGCCCACUGUGGAGCAUGAUGACGAUUUUUUCGGCGACCAAAGUUCCGACGCACUUGAACUUGAAAGUCGACACCGUGAGGUGGAGGUUUUAAGACGCCAACAUAUGACCUCUGGAAUCAGAGAGGGUGCUACCGCAGCUCAUGACCAGCAUUUGCAGCAAGGCUUUGAUCAAGGAUUUGCAGGUGGUGCGAAAGCCUCUGCAGAAGCUGGGUUUUUCAUGGGUGCGUGUUCACUGCUCGAGGCCUUCUUCAAGAAAGGGACCGGAGAUUUGCGAGCGGCACAUGGCAGUCAAGCUCUCGGGGAUACAGAGGUACCUAUGCAGGAUGUUCGAGACAUCGAGACCGAAAGAGCGCGGUUACAGGGAGAAUUGCGGGUACUUCCAGAAGGAGGCUCCAUAAACGUGCAGAAGGCGAAGGAGGCAUGCGAGAAAGUCGCCGUCUUCGAGAUUCCUCCAUCUAUAUUGCCAGUCUCCACUUCUGACGUAACUAAUAGAACUUCCUAGUACUGACGAGGCCGCUAUCGUCUUGGCAUCGCCCUAACUCGCCCAUGUUGCAAAUGUGAACAGUACAGCCAAAGUAGCACCCGUUGGUAACACCGAGCAGCAAAAUAAGUGUUUAUGAAGCAAAAACCAAAUCCUACAUACCCCUCUUCAUUCUUUCCAGUUCCCCUUCGACAUCUGGGUCCACCUUUCCCGGCAACUUGAAAGGAGUGCUACUGCCGCCAAUCUGAUUUUUCAUCUUUUGUAGCUCAUCAUCUACUGAGUCAGACUCGAGCGCCUUAAAUUUGCUCUCCAAGCUGACAUCCGCAGGGCCUCCCAUCGAGAGCUCUCGCGUUACAUCUGCCUUCACCUCAAGCUCCUCAACUUUUGUCUUCAUCCGUUCAAACGCAUCAAGCCCACCGCUUGUAGUUACGUUGCUAAGCAUAUCGUUGACCUUGGCACUUGUCUUCGCAGUCCGAGCCCUAGCCACGUACUGAUCCUUCUUUGACCUAGCCUCCGUAAUCUUACUCUCAAGUUGCUGCAUGGACCCAAACAAUUUUUCAACGUUUUGUUUCAUGCCCUGAAUCUGACCACCCAAGCUGGCCUCCUGCUCGUCUGCCAUCUUUUUCCUCGUCAGGGCCUCCCUAGCGAGAUCCUCCUCUCCCUUCUGCAAGGCCAAUUGCGCUCGUUUCUUCCACUCCAAGCUGGUGACGGCGGCCUGCUCGCGCUGGCGUUCAAUUCUUUUGAGGGUAGCCGAAACCUCUGCGUACGCCUGUCGGACCUUGAUGAGGUCUCCCUGCAUAUCGGUAACGGUCUGGUUGAGAAUCUUCUCCGGGUCCUCCAUCCCCGAGACGGCCUGGUUGACGUUUGCGCGGAUGACGCGGAAGAAGCGGUCAAACAGGUUCAUCUGCAUGGGGGUGUGAGCCGGGCGGGUCCGUCGGACGGCGGGGCCAUAGCGCGCAAAUCUACGCACUGGCCGGCCGCUGAAGGAAGAUACGGCGCUCGACAUUGCGCAGCCGUGCGGGACCGGGGUGAGCGGGAGCACAUAGGCGGAGCUCAUGCUGACGGAGAGACGCGCGACGGGUGUGGCCAUGGCUUUUGAAGGACGGGGUGAUGCAGGCGGUCGAGGGAGAAGGCGUGCCGAUGACGUCGAAGGGGUGAUGAGGAAAGGGGAGGGUGUGUGCCCCGUUGGAGUUUAGUGAUGA